AUGAUCAGCACAACUACCAGCUUUAUGCCCAACACAACUACCUGCUUUAUGCCCAACACAACUACCAGCUUUAUGCCCAACACAACUACCUGCUUUAUGCCCAACACAACUACCAGCUUUAUGCCCAACACAACUGCCAGCUUUAUGCCCAACACAACUACCUGCUUUAUGCCCAACACAACUACCAGCUUUAUGCACAACACAACUGCCAGCUUUAUGCCAAACACAACUACCAGCUUUAUGCCCAACACAACUACCAGCUUUAUGCCCAGCACAACUACCAGCUUUAUGCCCAACACAACUGCCAGCUUUAUGCCUAACACAACUACCAGCUUUAUGCCCAGCACAACUACCAGCUUUAUUUCCAACACAACUACCAGCUUUAUGCCCAGCACAACUACCACAUUUAUUCCCAACACAACUACCAGCUUUAUGCCCAGCACAACUACUAGCUUUAUGCCCAACACAACUACCAGCUUUAUGCCCAACACAACUACCAGCUUUAUGCCCAACACAUUUACCAGCUUUAUGCCCAACCCAACUACCAGCUUCUUGCCCAACAACUACCAGCUUUAUGUCCAACACAACUACCAGCUUUAUGCCCAACACAUUUACCAGCUUUAUGCCCAACACAACUACCAGCUUUAUGCCCAACACAACUACCAGCUUUAUGCCCAACACAACUACCAGCUUUAUGCCCAACACAUUUACCAAUUUAUGUCCAACACAACUACCAGCUUUAUUCCCAACACAACUACCAGCUUUAUGUCCAACACAACUACCAGCUUUAUGUUCAACACAACUACCAGCUUUAAGCCCAGCACAACUACCAGAUUUAUGCCCAACACAACUACCAGCUUUAUUCCCAACACAACUACCAGCUUUAUGCCCAACACAACUACCAGCUUUAUGCCCAACACAACUACCAGCUUUAAGCCCAGCACAACUACCAGCUUUAUUCCCAACACAACUACCAGCUUUAUGCCCAACACAACUACCAGCUUUAUGCCCAACUCAACUACCAGCUUUAUGUCCAACACAACUACCAGAUUUAUGCACAACACAACUACCAGCUUUAUUCCCAACUCAACUACCAGCUUUAUGCCCAACACAACUACCAGCUUUAUGCCCAACUCAACUACCAGCUUUAUGCCCAACACAACUACCAGCUUUAUGCCCAACACAACUACAAAAAAAAAAUCCCUAAAGGUCAAGCAUGUUAUCAAAAACUGGAACCAGAAAUUUUUAUCCAUUGGAUUUCAAUGCUCUUUACAGGCGGCGUUAAUGUUAUUUCAACUUCACAGAACUUAUACAGACAGGCAAAGAGUCUAA